UGCGGUGGCUACUGGUACUGGUUUGCUGUUCUUUUGUUAAACUCCCUGACCAAAGUGGUUGCGAUUGUUCAAGACUACUGGAUCCGCAUCUGGGUAGCAGCAAAUGACACGGCAAUUCCACACAUGGUUCUACGCGAUUCUAUCGACACAGUCAUAGUCGGCCAGCAUACAGUAUCGUUUUGGAUCGGUAUUUACCUGGCAAUCGGUGUCAUCGAAGUUUUUGCGCUUCUGAUCAAAGCUGCCAGAAAUGUGCAUGCAAAGCUGAUCAGGUCAGUUGUCCAUGCCACACCACGCUUCUUUGAUUCGACACCAUUCGACUUCACCUCUGCAUUGGGCGUUAUCAUCAUCAUCACUGCAGUUACGCCGCCGUUCAUUUUUGUUGCUGUUGUCAUCACACUGAUACAGGGUGUAUCGUCGAUCCGCGCAUUUGGUCUCAAAAAGUACUACAUCAUGGAGGCCAUUAACAGAUCAGAUGAGCUGAAUCGCCCGUUCUACCUAACAAUGGUGUCGAGCCGCUGGAUGUCUGUCCGACUUGAUGCCGCAGGUGCAACAGUGUCGUUCUUCUGCGCCUUCUUCAUCUUGUGGAAUGUCCACAGCUUCGACGCCGGUCUUGCUGGGUUUGCGUUGGUACAUGCACUGCAGUUUAAAGACUAUAUGCUGUUUGCCAUCCGGAACUAUGGCGACAAUGAGCUGAACAUGAACGGUGUUGAGCGGGUUAGCCAGUAUCUAAAGCUUGACCAGGAGGCCAGCGCUCAGUCGACGCCCGAGAACAAGCCCAUCAGCAACUGGCCCAGGACUGGUGAUCUUGAGAUUGAGGACCUGGUCGUCGAGUACGUGCCUAAUGUCCCACAUGGUGAGAAGAUUGGUGUGGUUGGUCGCACCGGUGCUGGCAAGUCGACGCUGUCGCUGGCGUUCCUGUGGUUCAUCGAGGCAGCCAAGGGCCGGAUCAUGCUUGACGGGGUCGACAUCUCGAAGAUUGGCCUGGAGGAUCUCCGUCGCAAUGUCACUAUCAUCCCGCAGGAUCCGGUGCUCGAGUACCCCGAUGAGAUUGUGUGGGAUGCGCUGCACCGUGCGCAUCUGGUGCGCGAGCGUGGCAGCCAGACCGCCAGCACCGCAAUCAGCAUGUUUGAAGGCAAUGCCAUCGACAGCUCGCUGGAGCGCAUGUCGGGCAUAUUCACUAGCCUGGAGGCCGAGAUCAAGGAGAAUGGCCAGAACCUGUCACUGGGUCAGCGUCAGCUGGUGGCGCUGGCUCGCGCUCUGGUCCGCCGGUCCUUUGCUGACUCGACCCUGUUCUGUAUUGCUCACCGGCUGCGCACCAUCAUCGAUUAUGACCAUGUGCUAGUACUGGACAAGGGCAAGGUUGCCGAGAGCAUAUGUGAAAAGUCCGGCGAGUUUGAAUAUCUUGCCGAUGCUGCCAAGCAAGCCCAAGAUGCCAAGCAGUUUUCUUAAAAUUAGCACGAUUCAAUACAGAGCCACA